GUGCCAACGUUGAAGAUCUCCGCAGUGCGUACCAGCGCGAGGCUGCAAAAGGGAAGAAAUGACGUCUGAACGAAAUAUGCUCAAGGAGCAUAUCUCCCAGGAAAGAGCCCUGAGUGACGAAUUGAAGACAGAACUGGAGAAAGUUCAGUUUGAAAGGUUGGAAGCCGUUAACAAACUGCAGAAAGAGCGCGAGCAGUCGACCCGCUUCAAGUCCGAGCGCGACCAGGUCACAUAUGAGCUGCGCCAGUUGAAAUCUCGUGAGAUCACGCUAAAUCAGGACCAGCAGACAGAGAAAGCAGCCAUGCGGAACAGCGUACGUGAGGUGAAACGCAAAAAGGAGGAACUCAGAAUGAAACUUGUAUGUUGA